AUGUCAUCCUGGGAAGUACGCUUCAGCAACAGUCGUCAGCUCCCCUACUUCUACAAUGCAGGGACGGGCGAGUCCGUCUGGGAGGCCCCUGCUGGGCUGUCCAACGAGCAGAUCAAGGCUCUGCCUGGAGCUCAUCACCUCGGAGGCGGAGGCGGAGCUUCAUCUGGUGGUGGUGGAGGCGGCGCGCCCAGUAAAGUGAGGGCUAGCCACCUGCUGAUCAAACAUAGGGACAGUAGGAGGCCGAGCAGCUGGAAGGAGACGAACAUCACACGCUCGCCUCAGGAGGCAGAGAGCAUCCUGCGCGAGCACAUGAAUGCUCUCGGAUCCAACCCGACGACAGAACAAUUUGGACAAUUGGCAUCGAUCCACUCCGACUGCUCGUCAGCUCAGAAGGGCGGCGACCUUGGCUUCUUCUCUCGAGGUCAGAUGCAGAAGCCUUUUGAGGAUGCUGCCUUUGGUCUUCCCGUGGGCGGGCUCAGCGGUGUGGUGCAGACGGACAGUGGGACGCACGUUAUUAUGAGGACUGGGUGA